UGCCGGUGUCUCUGAACAAUUUAAUACCCUUGAGACUCUUUUCUUAUACCACAUCCCAGCCCUGCUACCACUGCUGAAUCUCCAUCCCUAGCAACAUCCGGUCAAUUAAUCUGAGACCCAACCUCCCCUCCUCCUCUUGUCUCUAUCUCCCCACACGUCCAACCACCGCGUCUCAGGGUCGUUCUCCAGGGAAACCAUCACGAUCCUAUCCAAGGUACCUGAAACCAGUGUACCUUUGGGGGCUCCAGCCACGAGUCUCUAGAGUUGACUCGACACUCUAUUCGUUGGACUGCCCAUUGUGCGAUUUGCCAAACGCGAAACCGGUGCCACGAACCCGGCUAUCUGAACCCCUCCACCAACCAGCCCUCCUUUGCCGCGGUAACAGAGGCGAGGCUAUUGUUCUGCAUUCCUGGCCUUGCGUGAAGCGUUCCUCCGGCACGCGACGCGGGCGUCUUUGGAUCUCAUCCGAGUCAUGGCGUAUAGCUGUGAUACUAUUGUCGACCCUGUCGCCCAACGAGACCUCAAGGUUGAAGACCUCGACGAAAUGAGACCCCACGGCCAACAGAUCUCCGACCGCUUGACUGUUGAGGUUGACUGCCACUCUUUGGGACCCAGUGAAUGUCCCUCGAUGACUUCGAGUUUCUCGCCUCUAGAGUCUCCGACUCCCACUCCCACUAGUCUUUAUAGCCAGGGUUCCCUGGCAUCCCCAGGCUGGCACGAAGCCGGCCAUUACCACAGCCUUCCCAUGGAGCGACGAACGUCCGCCACGCCUCUCCGAAGUGCCUUCAGAAUGACGGAUUUCCCUUCGGGUGAGAGCAUGAGCAUGCCCGUGAGCAACAUGGAUCGCCAGGACCAGCUCCCAAUCUCUGCUGAGUAUCUCUCUGGCUACGAAGAGAACGUGGAUCAAUUCUGGAUUCCCCAGGAUUCAAUCCCCAAGACAUUUGAACAACCCACAUUUCCUUAUCAAGCGCCCAUGCCUCAAUAUCAUCACACUAUGGGUCGCAACCACUACUACCGCCCGCAAGCUCAGGCGGCGUACUUGCCCGAGUCUGCAUCCAAUCCUUGCCUUUCCCGUCCCAUGUUCAACCACCCUGAGCGUCUCCCCAACUCCGCAUCUAUGUCCAAUAUGUUGUCCUGGGUGACUGCGAACGAUACUCUGGUUCCCCAGACUAUCACUCCCCAACAGGUUGUGCACUCGCCUGUCACUCCCCCCUCUUCCAGUUACUCUGAGUUCCCUGCAAGUCUCCAGACCUUCAAGCCCCACACCCCUUCAACACCUGUCCGAUCAAUGUCCUUGGGAACGCCAGGCAGUGACACUCCCAACAGCCGCAUGUCGGGCCACAAUGAGUAUCACGAGGACUUCCCAGUUUCCCCAGUCUACCGAGAUGGCCAAAUGAUCCGCACACACCGUCAGCCUACUCGCAAGCCAUCCAAAAAGCAGCUCCUGCGAUCCAACUUGAGCCUGGAGAACUUGCCCCACAUCAUCAAGCAGGUGCAGUUCAAGUGCAAGGAGCCCGGCUGCAAGGGCCGUUUCAAGCGCCAGGAGCACUUGAAGCGUCACAUGAAGAGCCACUCGAAGGAGAAGCCCCAUGUAUGCUGGGUACCUGGCUGCCAUCGUGCUUUCUCUCGCAGCGACAACCUCAACGCCCACUACACCAAGACCCACAGCAAGCGCGGUGGUCGCAACCGCUAUGUGGCUACCCUCGACGAGACCAGUCCUGAUUACAAUCCUGAGUUCCGUGGCCAGCUGUACCCGGACGGGCGUCCGAUUUACGGCUCCAAGCUAGAGGACAUCCCUGAUUGUGACCUCAGCGCCGACGGGUGGGAGGAUUAAAUACGAAAACAGCCACCACAAAAAGCAAAAGUGUCGGUCUUUCGGGGAGGACGAGAAAAAAAACAAAUCAAAACACCAACCAUCUAACCACGCGAACCCCACCAAAGCAAUGCAAACAAUCUCAUCCGACCACGCAAUCCGGAAGAAACCACAGAAGAAAAAAGAAAAAAAAAGGUACCAAACUACACAACUAAAAAAAAUUCACCGACAUCACGACCUUAUCUCGAGGUCAGACAUUGAUACCCUUGGAGGAAGGAGAAUGGGGACUGCCACCCCAUACAUGGCAUCGGCAUUUAACCCGGUCAAUCAUCACCCUUGGCUACGGCGUUGUAUAUGGUCUUCCGGUCUGGCGAAGACCAUUCCGUGUGAUUAUGAUUCCUUAUCAUCAUUUUUAUUUUUAUUUUUCCCUUUUCUAUUUCUUUUCUUGCAUAAUUUGUCGGGGCGAAAAGGGCCUUGGGGUGGGAAUCUGUUGCUUUUUGGUUUCUUGAGUUGGGUUGAAUGGCGUUUGCAUAUUAUACUGUUGCUUAUGAUCGUCUGGGGGAUAAUCACUUGGAAGGAAUCGGCGAUCUUGUACAAUCAGCUACAACGUGUUCUUUCUUUUUUGUUGACUUCAUCUCUGUCGCAUGUAUUACUAUCGCUACUUACCUUGUGGCAUAAUAUAAAAAAAGACAUGAGAUGUUUUCUACCA